AUGUAUCAGCCACUGGAUCGCGACACGGCAGACCAGUCACCACUGAACUGCAACAAGAGCCAACAGCCCGGCCAAAUUCGCCCCGUUCAAACGCAACACGGUGUAGCUAGCCUGAAGCCGAAGAGAACAUCCAAACGACCACCAAAACGUCUCAGUCCCUUCCUUAAAUUCAGUCUCGUCGCCUCGUUGCUCUUCCUCGCAGGCGCCGUCGCCUUCAUCUCAUGGCUAUGGUGGGCACCUCACGAAGACGUCCGCUGGCGAAAAUGGGUCCUCGCCCCGAACCGGCUCCAACUAAGCAUAACUCUAUCCGCCGUCGUCAUCCGAACUGCCAUAGGCAUACUGGCGACCGCGGCCACGGCCAUGAUUGCGUCGGUUGCGGUCGAACGGAGGGGUGUAUAUCUUCAAGACAUUGCCCAAGUCUCUGUCGCGCGCUGUUCCAGCGACGGACCGCUCUCGCUUAGUCUCCUCGCGCUCACGAGCUCAUCGCUUCAGCCGCUGGUCCGCCUGAUUCUCGCGCUCUUGGCUAUCACGACGAUCGCUGCGCAGUUUACAUCCACUCUUCUCGUAGCGGAUCUCGAGCAGCGUCGGGUCGUUACAUUUCCCGACUCGGUGUCGAAUGCAUACACUUUUAUUGCGGGGAAUCUCUCGAGCGGCAGGCCGCCCGAAGCCGUCUCUGGAUAUGCGCACAACUACUGGAUCCAACGACCCCGACUCACAGAAACAUUUGCAGAAUACACAGGCCCCGCAUCGGACGGAGAAGGACUAGAUGACACCGGGCCGACAGUCAGGGCGUUUCUGCCCGUGGCGUCGCAGCAAGAGCGCGAGUCGCUCGUCGAGUUCCAGGGCAUGGCCAGAGUUCUAGACACGCGGUUCAUUUGCAUGAGGCCGGAGCUCAGCAACGUCCGCCCGUGUAACGGCACAGACGGCGUCGACAUUUGCGGGUCGAUACGGCUCGAUCCCACCGUGGAUGCGUCGGCUGCGGCGGGGCUGACGUGGACGGAUGAAAUGAACUUCAACUUUAGCUGCCCUGUGACGGGAUACAUGGGUAAUCAGUACGACUGGCAGAUUUGUGCGUACGAGACGCUGAACUGGACGUCCUUUGACUGGUCUCUUCGGAAUACCUCGAGGAUGACCACGAUGAGGAUCGUGUGGGAUGCGGGAAGGAUACAGGGAAACAUGAGCUCUGAUAGCUUGAAGUCGACUGUCAAGGCGCUGAGUUCGACUGGCUCGGGUCCGUGGACGAGAGAGUCUUUGCAUAUUAGACUUAUCGACUCUGAUACCGUUGGCAAGGACCACUACCCGGACUCGAUCCAGUAUCUUAACGUUUCCGCAACCAGCUCAAGCAACAGAACAGAGCCAACCUACGAGUGGGAUGUAGAGCGAGAGGUCUACAACACGAGCGCAGUCCGCAAACAACUCGGCGCCGUCAAGGAUGGCUCAUCUCUAUCCCACGAAGACCGCCAAGUCCUAUCUAUCAGCGAAGAUAGCUUAGAGUCGGCUGUAACUGACGCUCGCGAUGGGUCUAAGUGGCAACAGUACGCUGCCGACCGCAGCCUGGAAUGGUUCUUCGACCGCGUCACCUACGCCCGAAUGCCCUCCAUGCCCAUCGCCUUCUGCCACAAUUGCGCUCCGAAUCUUGACUCCCAGGACGGCACCAGCGACGUCGUGUACGAGCGGCUUUUUGGUGAUACUAUCGACGAGACGGGAUCGCCGGCUCGCGCGAUGCAGGCUGUUUACUUUACCCUUGCGCGACUUGUCUACUACGACUUUCUCAGCGCCUUCUCUUCCAACACUGCCGCUCCCGGGAUGGACACCGCGGAUGUUGUCACGUUUGAGCUGACUUCGAUACCAUGGCGCUUCAGGGGGUAUCUAGCUGUCGUGGGGAUACUGAUCAUCUUCUUGGCCUCGUUUGCUGCAGCGGUGGUCCUGUUCAGGUCUACAUGGUACAGCUUGCCUGAGAAUGCGUGGCACACAGUUGCGCAGAUCUCGGAGAGCCCUGAGCUGGCAGACUUGCUUCACGGUGCGAGAGUUGCUACUGAUGACGAUAUUGUACGUCUGGCAAAAGCCUCCAAGUCUCAGCGCUUUGUUGUUCGUGAUGGUGUCUUUACUCAAGCUUCGGGGGCUGAUUUGGAUAUGGAGCUAGAGUCGAAUCAGUCCCGUCGUCGACUGACGACGCAUGAAGCGGUUUCGUAG